AUGUCUACUAUGGGUCCUUUCGGACAAUCUAUGGGUCCUCCACCGCCCAGCAUAAUCACCUCUGGAUCAAUGUCUUUCGAUUCACAAAUGCAUGGAUCGUAUAUGUCCCAUGCAUCCUCUUCAACCGACCGGUCUAUGAUGAUAGAUUUGACAGAUAACUCGGAUACAGCUGUCAAAAUAGCUACUCUUCAGGCCAAGUUAAAUAAAAAGCUGGGACCAGAGUUCAUCUCUCAACGACCAGGGCCCGGUGGAGGGCCGAAACUCACGUAUGCAGAGGGAUGGAAAAUCAUCAACCUUGCCAAUGAUGUAUUUGGUUUCAAUGGAUGGAGCUCUAGCGUGGUUAGCCUAUCCACCGAUUUCGUCGAUUACAACGAAGAAUCAAGACGAUAUAAUGUUGGUGUUUCAGCAAUUGUACGGGUUACCUUAAGAGAUGGUGUAUUUCAUGAAGAUGUUGGAUAUGGCCUGCUUGAAAAUUCCAAGAGUAAAGGUGCUGCUCUCGAUAAAUGCAAGAAAGAAGCCGUCACAGAUGGUCUCAAGCGUUCUCUACGUAACUUUGGGAAUCUUCUCGGUAACUGCCUAUACGACAAAUCAUAUACACAGGAAAUCGUCAAAAUCAAAGUGCCGCCGGCAAAGUUUGACAAAGGCGAAUUAUACAGACGUCCAGAAUUUGACGACCAAAAACCACCUAUACAAAAACCAGCUUCAAACGUAUCAUCAACCUCUACUGCUCCUCUAAUCAAUGCAUCAAUAUCUCGCCCAAAUGAAAAAUCCACCAUGGAAUCGUGCAAAGUAGCCGUGAAAACAGAACAAGAACGCGAUGUAAAGCUUUCUUCAGUUCCUCGACACUUGCUUCCAGAAUCGCUCCCCAAAGGACCGGUGGCUGCCUCCACGCCUAACGCGAAAGGGAAAUCUCCAGCUCAUACGACUACAGGCAGUACAGCUCUCAAUACCCCCCUAUCGAAUGAUACCCAACACAUCAGAAAAAUAGGCCUCAAUACGCCCCUUGAAACGCCAGCUCAAAAGCCGGCCAAUCAAGUACAGGCCCAUCAUCGUCAACGGCCACAACCUAAUGCUCCUGAGACCCCGUUACAACAACAACAGCAAAAAGUGACCUUUGUAGAAUCACCGCCACCAAAUGAAUUGACGGAAGAGGGGACCCCGGUCGAUGAGAGCACCAUAUUAUUAGGCAUUCAAGCUGAAGACUCUUUCCAUUUUUAUUCUGAUGACGACGCAUUCCUGGCUGCGGUAGACCUGGGAGAAGGAGACCUGGGACGACCUAUCGUUUUCGAAGAGGGGGUGGGUGAAGUCAGCCUGGAUGAUGUACCUUCAAACCACAGAGAGGGCGAAACCCCGAUCGACUCUGUUGGUGGUUCGCGCGGGGCACCUGCAGCUCAAUCUAACAAGGCCCAUUAUCGUGCGAAUACUUCCUCGAGCAACAGCUCAAAUUCUAGUGGGCAAAAUAUGCCUCACAAGCGUCAGACUUCUGGAGCCAGUACAUAUGAACGAGUCGCGCGUGCACUACAAUCAUAUCAACCAUCCGGUGAUUCUACAUCCUCCACAGUUGCAAAUCAGGCCAACCGAUCAGACACACCACGGCGGGUCGAUUCCUCCUCCAGUUCUGUGGUUAAACCAUCAAGUAAUGGGAACCGUCCAAUGAGUGGUCAAAAUACCGUUGGAGUCACCUCGCCCAAUGUAUCCCAUAUUGUUGUUCCUUUGGAGAACAAUAUGAAACGGUCUGCCACCUCACCGAGUGGGCCUGUACAAUCUUCUAUAAUGGUAUGGUAUUCUACGCGCUUCCUGGUCCUAUACUCAAUCAGUGUAUCCAGAACAAUCCCACUGCUCAACCGAGGCCCAGCCAUCCCCAGCCUGCACAACAUGGGAAGACCUCGUCAAGUAGUUCGGGAUUGA